UUCCACCGACACUACACACCUUUGUCUCAUGCCCUCGGAAUGCUGUCUUUGUGGUAGGGGGUGGAGUUCUAUAGAGCGAACAGGUGAGAGGGAGGAGCUUGGAGACGAAAGACGUGCCAAGAUACAGGAAAAGUAAAAGACGUAAAGAAUCCAAUCAUUCGCACAAAUUAAUCCAGAGAAGUGGCCAGGAGACCAGACAAUGCCAGAGAGAAGCAGAUACCAGGAGAGGGAUGAGUAUGACAAGAGCAGGGAGAGGGACCACACUCAUGACCGAGGAAGCUCCUCACAUGAAGAGAGAGACCGGGAAAGGAAAAGAGAGAGAAACUGGCGGAAGAGAGACAAAAUGGAUGAGAGAUACAGGGAUGAGGUAGGCUCUGGAGAUGACAGGAGGGUCAGAGAGAAGGACUACUCUGACAGACAGCGGGAUAUGACACCCCACUCUCACAAGGACGCACCACCUGACCACAGAGGCAGUAGUCAACAAGGACAACAGAGAGCGUAUACAGAAGCCUCCACAUGUCCCUCUGUGGGGGAAUACUAUGAGCCACAACACAGACAGGCUCUGUACAACCUCAGAUAUGCCUUAACAGCCAGAGGUCUAUGCCAGAUAAUGGAGGUCUUUGUAAACCUGCUGAUAGUCAUCUGCUCAGGAGUGUCCUACAGUAACUCCGGGGGUUACCGGGACCUGGCCAGCCUCGGGGGUCUCUACCAGUACUACUAUGGAGGAGCACAGGCUUUCAUUGGAGCCGACGCAGACAGGGUCAAGGAGCUGGACAAACUGUUCCACCAGCUCAAGCUGCCUCCAUACAUCUUCAGCAUGGCCUGUGGAGGGGCUCUGAUGGUUUAUGCCUGCAUCAUUCUGGCUUUCGGGGUUCUGAGAGUCCCUUACCGCUGGCCCCCUGUGCUGCUGGGUGAGGCCCUGGUGAACCUCCUGAUCGGCCUGGGCUACAUCCCUGCCCUGGCCUUCUACUUCAUCAAGCUGCAGGAGACCUACGACAACCCCAUCUGUACGGAGAGGGAAGCGCUCUACAAGAGCAAAGGGCAUCAGGGCUUUGCGUGUGCACUCAAUGGAGCAGACAUCGCUGGAGGCCUCUUCGGGGUGCUUGGAGUCAUUGUUUUCAUCUUCGGAAUGGUCUUGGCCAUCCGUGCUUUCAGGGCAGUGAGUGAGAUGAAGAGACUGAGAGCGAUGGAAGAUGGUAACAUAAUGAGGUUUGCUCACCUCCCACUGUGAAUAGAGUGGAUGAAAAUGUAGGGUUGAGAACAAAUUCGGUCAAACAGCUAUAAAUGCUAGUGUAUUUUAUAUGAACUGUGAUUGAUUAAAAAACCUAACUGUACAAAGAGCAAUUUUGUACAUUUGUGACUUCAAAAACCGCACACUUGUUUUACUAAAUGUUACAGAUGUGAGACAUCUACACUGUCAAACAUUGUUCUUUACUAAUAAAAAUCUUAAACA